CGGGGUUUGAGAGUGGAUUGUGGAGUGCGUUGAGUGUAUGUAUGGCUGUGUUUGUUGUGAAGUGUUUUGCAUUGCAUUUCACGUAUUAGUCGUCAAAACGCUAUUCAAUACAAUCUCUUGUCUCUCAUUAUAUAAUUAAUCGACACUUUGAGUGAAAAUCUGGUCUUUAUUUUGGUUUUAAUGUAAAUAUUUAUCGCAAUAUUUAUUGUGAACUCAAUUCAGUGUUGGAUUGGAUUUGCAUUUCAUUCAAAACAUCCAUUCAUUGAUUAAUGCGUUAAUCCAUAGACUCUGUUGUAUUGGCCGUCAAAAUAUGAUCACAUAAAUAGACUCUCGUUUUUGCUGGCAUUUUAUCGCUUAUAUACACUGUUGAAGAAAAUAAACGCAAGAAUUGAAUCGUUUUAAUAAUAAUAACUCAAUAAAUAGAUUUGUGGUUUCAUUAAAUUGUCGUUUAGUGUAAUUACAAACCCAUUAAUUGAACAUUGAUUGCGAAGACGAUAAGUAAAACUGGAAAAUCCAACCCAUUGUCUGAUCGCAUGUCUGUGCGAGUGGUGUGACUGCUUUAGUGAGAAACGAUGUCUUCGGGAUUGAAUUUCCAGCCGUUGCCGACCGUAUUUAUGGUCAUCGAUAACAAUCCCAUCGAUGAAUUGAAACGAUUUCAUGCACUUCUCAAUUCACACGCCAACACAGAUAUGUUCACAAACGACACGACCUGUGCUCUCAACUGUUCAGGACAUGGAGACUGCUAUAACGGCACAUGUUUUUGUGAGGUAGAAUAUAGUGGCGGCGCCUGUAAUGACCCGAACCUUAGAUAUUACAUCGCCUUUUCCACUGUCUUCUACAUGAUAUGUGCCGUUUCCUUCAUUCAAUUGAUUUUAUGCAUAAAUUCCGAAUUCUCUCGACUCAAACCGCGAUCUUUUAUACGAGCGCUAAGAAUAACGACACAAAAAGCUCUCUAUUUCUUCAUAUGUCUGGCGACAGCCAUCAGAGGUUUCUACUUCUCUUCGCCCACCAAUGGAGGCAUUCUAUGGGCCGAUAGUCUGAUGAGUGCUUACUAUCCGGUCCUUCUCAGCGGUUCCUCAUUAGUCGUAUGUUUUUGGGCUGAACUUUUCCAUUUGCAUGAUGUGAGUGUCGAGAGGCCGACAUUUCUGAGCAAAUCCUUCACCGGAUUCAUACUCUUCAAUGUCGUCACGUAUUCACUAUUGAUGGCUGAGUUAGUGCUCCUCAUGUUCACCGAUCCCACCGCUACUGAUAAGGUUAGGGGAGCUUUCAUUCAAGAAGAGUCUAUACCGCAAGAUCUCUCACAACUACAACAGUCCCGUCUCGGCCUCAUAUCACAGGCCGUACUCUUAUUAAUAACUGUUUUAUUUAUGUUUUCCGAAGUUUUGGGCGGUUUUUGGAAAGACAAAGUCCCGGUUUUGAGUCGAAACUAUCACCAAAUAAUGUUCCGAGUGGUGGAACUGGGAGUCGCCCUAUGGUUCCCGUGCGUCCUCUGGAACUGCAUUCGACCCGAAAGGCUAUGGAUUCUAAAUCCGCGACGAAUUCUUAAGCGCGAGGCUUCGCGAGAGUUCCGAUUGACUCACAUUAGGGAAGCCGAAGCACUGGUCUAUUCGCCGACCAAUUCGGUGACAAUACUUCGCUCGGAUCAGUCGGCGUCGACGCGAUCUCUGCCCGAGUGUUGGAUCUGUUACGACACGGAUAAGAAGGACUGCGGGCCACUGAUCCAGCCGUGCGGUUGCAAAGGGGAUGUGUCGGCCGUACAUCACGAUUGUCUCCGCAAGUGGUUAAUGGAGUCCUACUCUAACCCGGAGAACGUUCGCUGCAAAGUGUGCAACGAGUUGUACGAAGUGGAGAGAGGGGUCGUAUGGCUUCCGUCGGGCCUCACAAUCACCCAUUGGUUCAAAACGGCGGCAAUCAUUUCCAUCAUGUGUAGCGCUGCGGCCGGUACUUGUCUUGUGAUCAAGAUCUUCGAGCACAUGUACGUCAAGACCAUUAGCGUCGGCUGCGCUAUACUUGUAGAGUACGUCUGCUUGAGAUUUUUAGGCUUCAAUAUGAUAUCCGCUUAUCAAAGAGCAAAGUUCUCUGCCAUCAAAAUAAUUGGCCAAAAGAUUUCAUGCGGUGUUAACACACAUCCAAUGAUGAAUACCGUGAGCCAAACGAUUCCAACCCAUCAGUUGUGCACCUCUUGUGUGACGAAAAGGGAUUCAGUGGACGAGAGUUACACUUGUGAUGCCAACGACGCUGUCAUAGAGCCGGUUGUGACCGAAAAGAGUGAUAAACAAAUGGAGUGUCCGAUUGAAUACAAAGACUAAUCACUAAAUGCUUUCCAAAUAUACAUUUCACGAUUGAAAUGACAACUGAUAUACGAAACGGUCUGUUGGGCUCAAC